GUUUUUAUUUCCGCCUACCAGUGCCUUUGCAAAAGUCCUGCUCUAAAUAUUAUUGCAAAAAUAUUCAAUUUAAUAACUUCUUUACUUACUUUAGUGUCAAUUUGUUUAAAAAUGUGUUAAAAAUAGGGGUUUCUUAGUGAUUUUCAACUAUGGGUUGUAAUAAGGUUGUACGAAUGAGUGUUUGUGCUUGUUAUUGAUUUUUUUAACUUAGAACAAGUGUUACGUUUUGAAAGCUUAAAGGAUUUUUGUAACAGCAGUUCCAAUAACUCAAGAUGAAGACUAAACUGACGGCAGUAACAUACCUGGGGUUCACGGCAAUGGAUCGAAGGUUCUCGAACGCCAUGCUGCCGUGGCUGCUGAGAGAGAUACGCGCGACUGGUGUCAGAGAUAAGCUGAGCAUCGCCAUAGAAGAUGGUUGCUUGAAGGCUUACAAUGGAAACUUUGAGCCUGUCAUAGUUCACAGACUAGUUGAUAUAAUUCGCGCCAGUCAAGUACCAGGUCGUCCAGAAGAACUGUUCUACAUACUCCUCAACGAGAAGGAGGGACUCCUCAACUGCUUCCUCUUUAAGGCUGCCACUGUACAUGAGGUGACAGAUCUCUUCACUCAGAUGCGAGAGCCGUCCCCCGGGGCGCCCAGCCCCAAGGGAUCCAGCUCCUCGCUGACCAACGGCGCGGUGACCAGGAACAUCGGCUUUCAGCAGCAGAACACCGAACUGCCUUGGAGUAGCCCUGCUAUAUCUCUGCCGGGGAACUGUAAUUCUAAUUUGACCAGUGAGACUCAGAACCCGAUGGCGCGUACGAUCAGCAAUGCGUCUGCGCUGACGUCGCUUUGUGCCGACCUAUCAGCUUCAGACUCACACUUCUUUGAGGUCUUAUACAUCGGGAAAGUGAGGAUAUCUCAACGCAAAGUUCCUGAGUCCUUGAUCGACGAUGCAUUGAAUAAAUUCGCUCAACAUGAAGCUGAAAAGGCCUUGAAACAGAGGCGACAUAGCUUGCUGUCUUCUACUGGGACAUCAAUAUACAGUUCAGAUUCUAAAGAAAAUCUCGAAGAUGAAACAACUCCACCACACGAACGUUUUGCUAACAACAGCAAGAAGAUUCUAACACCCAGCACCACUCCUUUAGAACCCGACAAAGCCUGGGCAAGUGCUGAAACUCUUAGCACAACACGCAGCAAACCAGACACGAAGAAAAUUGACGAAGAAUUCGAUAUGUUCACUAAAGAACGAGCAGAAACAAUAAUUAAAAAGCCAACACAAACACCACUCGAACCUAGCGUCUUAGUUCUAAAUGUACCUAAAAAUAAUUUGGACACCGUCAAAGAAGAAGAUAAGUCAGAUAUUUACUCAGUAAUCUCAGAGACAGCAUCAUCUAUUAAUGAGUUCUGUUUAAAAACCAAAAUUGAGAAUUCCAAAAUUGAUGCGAAAGACCCAGAUCCGUUUUUGGAUAAAGCUUCUCAGAAUCAGAAGGGUCGUGAGGCUAGUCCAACUCCGAUGAAUUUUCAAGAGAUUAGUAGGAAGCCUGUUGUAACUGAGAGGAAAACGUUGAAUGAGAAUAAGCCAUUUUUGAGGGAUCGGUCGGCUUCUAUUGGGACUAUUAAUCAGAAAACUCCUAUUGCUCAGCUGAUUGGGGAGCAAAAUAGGACUAUGCUGUUUCAAGUUGGUCGCGCAGAACUUCGUCUAAUAAGCCCUGAUAGAAAGCAAAUCCUCCUGCACCGAGGGUUCAAAGACGUGGCCUCUUGUGUCCUCGGGAGGAUCAAUAAGGAACACUUUGGUUUCGUAUGUAGGGAGACCAAUGAUACGUACGCGUGUUAUGUGUUCAAGUGUGAGAGCGAUUCUGUGGCGUUGGAGCUUAUUAAUGCCAUAAAGCAAGCGUUCGUAGCUCACGCCGAACUGCUGAAGAAAUCCCGAGAGAAGUCGCCCAACAUGACAUGUGAACAUUGUCCUAUGUUGUGGUAUCAUCGCCUGUGCCAUGAUAUUGAAGGCAUGAACGAUAAGAAAACCCACGCCUUUAUCCUCCGCCGCAUCGAACAGCUUCCUGAAGAUGAGCAGGAUCUCAUAGUGACCAAGUACCAAGGAGGCACCAAUCAUAUGUAUGAGACGGGUGAGCACAAUGCAUUUCUGAUGAUGCUGCUGCGAGCGCAUUGUGAAGCCAAGCAGACACGACAUGUGCACGAUACCGCUGAGAAUAGAUCGGAGUUCCUAAACCAAUACCUAGGUGGCAGCACUAUAUUCUCAAAAGCUAGGCGUUCGAUAUCCAGCAGUUUCGAUCUACUGAAACGCAAAGCUAGCAGAGAUGAAGGCGUAGUUCCGCCUAUUAUUAAGAAGGAAACAUCACCUCUAUCCACUCCGGUACCUAUAGUGUUGGACACAGCAUCAGAACCUGCAAACCAGGAGUUACUUUCUCCUGAAGUUGUGAGGAGCAAGAGUUUGUCACCUGCUGUGUUGGAAGUGGUGGUUACAGAAGCGACGCCGUCACCUCGGUCCAACAUGACUCCCACUCCUGAAGAGAGCGAGGAUACUGCUGAGACGCCGGUCAACUCUCCCAUGAUGGAUAUAUUCCUGAAAGUGAGUGACAAUCGGCCGGCGCCAGUGGAGGCUGGCAGUGAAAACGAAGCUACUUGGAGACAGGCCAUAUACGAGAAAAUUGUGCAGCCUGAUGUGCAGGUUGAAGGGGAGCUAACUUCAAUGCGCAAACCGUCAGGACCUAAAGGAAAGAGAACAAAGGAGGAGUUGAGAAGACUGUGGAAGAUGGCUAUAGACCAGACAAUAUUGUUGGUCAGGAUGGAGAAGGAAAACGCUAGAUUGAGAGAAAGUGAAGAAUCUUCGGCAGUCCGUAGAAUAAAGCUAGAAUAUACUGAACUAGGAGUCUGUGAUGCUGGAGUGAGCCUCAUGUGGGAUUCCCUUCUCUCUCGGGACCCUUCACAACCCAUGGCGAAGGUUGACAGGCAUAUGCUGACUCAAGCUGUAAUACAAGGAGUCCCCCGCAUGUCCCGCGGCGGCGUGUGGUACUUCCUGGCGGAGCAGGCGUGUCUGCGCUCGGCGCCGCCCGACACUGCCACGUGUCCGCUGUACCACACGCCUUACUCUGUACUGUUGGCGGGGUUGACGAAACAUCAGCAUGCUAUAUUGAUUGAUUUGGGUCGUACAUUCCCAAAGCACUCGUACUUCGCGUCAGCCCUGGGUCCUGGACAGCUGGCGUUAUACAAUCUACUGAAAGCUUACUCUCUGUUAGACCCUGAUGUUGGGUACUGUCAGGGUCUGAGUUUCGUAGCUGGGGUGUUGUUGCUUCAUAUGGAAGAGGCAGAAGCAUUUAUACUGUUACGUCACUUGAUGUUCAGGAGGGGACUUCGAAAGCAAUACCUGCCAGAUAUGAGCGCAUUACAAGUUCAGCUGUAUCAACUGUCCCGUCUACUCCGCGACCAUGAACCAGAUCUUCACGCGAAGCUAGAAGCCCUGGAUAUCUCCCCGGCGCUGUAUGCAGCACCCUGGAUGUUAACACUCUUCACCAGUCAGUUCCCACUGGGAUUCGUCGUCAGGGUCUUUGACCUGAUAUUCCUAGAGUCUCUAGACAUCGUGUUCUCAGUGUCUCUAGCACUGCUCUCGGCUCACAAAGACGGGCUGAUGCUGUGUGAGAGCUGUGAAGAAGCCGCCGAGUACCUCAAGCAUAAGCUGCCUGAUAUGAACCGAGGGUUCUAUGAGAAGGUUAUGAAGAAGGUCCUAUCACUAGACAUAAGUCGUCAACUCUGCGACUACGCAGUAGAAUACGCAGUACUUCGAGAAGAGAUGCCGCGACUAGCCGCUCUAACUGAAGAGAACAGACUACUGAUUGACGAUAAGAAUAGAUUGGGAGAAGAGCUUGAUGAAGCAAUGGACGCCAUCACAAACUACCAGAAAACACAAACCCGCCUAGAAACACAAAACAAAUCCUUAGAACAACAGUUAACAUUGCUAAGCCGCUACAUCUCCGCUCACCACAAACAAGACAUACCAAUAGAAAUCAAGAAAAUCGUCCAAAACCACAGCAAGAAACUAUCCUUCAAAAUAUUCUCCACGAAAUUCUCCAACGACCAACCAGAGCCUGAAGACCCGAGGAAGAACUUCAAGACAGGCAUAAGUUCUCCGAAUUUAUUCGCGAAAAUCCGUGAGGAUUCUCCAAAAGAUAUAGAGCAUGAACGAAGACAGUUUAUGAUGAAGAAAUCUCAAUCAGUCCAUUCUGGUCUGAUAGCUAAUAUGAAGAAUUAUCAGCUCAAAGUUUUGGAUGAGAAAAAUGAGAACCACAAAACAGAAAACAUCACAGACAGUUUAAAAGAACUUGGCAAGAAGAAUUCUGGGUUCUUUGCAAGCACACACGAGCAGAUACGUCAAGAAAGACUCUUUGAGCAUCAACUCAAAAAUAAUUUCGACGAGAAUUUGCGAAAGUUGGACGAAAAAUUGAAUGAGAAAUUAAACCCUACUUCUUACAUAGAUGAUUUAAGCAUAUUUCAGAGUAGAAAAAGUAUGUCUUUGAAUUUACAGCAGGGAAAAGAUGGUAAAGUCGGGGAUAGUGGGUUCGUAACCCCGUUGAGUCCAGAUGAGAAGAAGGAAGACUCUUGUUCUACUAUUUCUCAUCCUUUAAGUGAUGUGGAUGUGGACAUAAAGUUUGACGGACAGUCGACUAAGUUAAAACAAAUUAGACCUAUUAAACAUGUUGUUAGCGACAAAUCGUAGUACUUGCCUAAAUUAUUUUGGAAUAAAGAAUUUGUAUAGAAACGAAAUAAUAUUAUUAUUUGUCUAGCCUUUUCCCAACUGUAUUGGGGUCGACUACCAGUCUUAUGAUGAGUUCCUCCAUUUUUCGGGAGGCAUAUUCAGUUACUAGAACCCGGCUGUCAAUUGAAUAUCUUUGGCAGUCGUUACGGGUAGUCAGAAGCCAGAUAGUCUUACAACCAGUCUUACCAAGCGGUAUUGGGUUGUCCGGGUAACUGGGUUGAGGAGCUCUGAUAGCCAGUCGCUCCUUGUAAAGCACUGGUACUCAGCUGUACCCGGUUAGACAGGAAGCCGACCUCAACAUAUUUGGGAAAAGGUUGGGCAGAUGAUGAUGAGAUACAUAUACAAGUUGGUAUAAAUUCGUUUCUAUACGAGUUCAAUAUUCUUAUAUGUAAUUAUUAUUUGUAGUGUAGGCUGAAUAUAAUUAAAUUCGCAACAUGGAUUAUAAUAAUACUACCUGCUUCCCGCGGUUUCACCUAUAUCCACUGAGAACAACUACCCGCACUUGGAUAAGUAGACUAAACUACUACUGGUUGUUUUUCACUAAAAACAACUGUCGAGUCGAUUUUGAUAAAAAAAUUGUGAAAAUCGUGGACGAAACGGUGAAAUCGCGGUUUAAAAUUACCAAUAAAUAUAUAGAUAUUAAAUACGAUGGUCUGUGUUCAUAGCAUAGGAUAUAUACCACACGUUAUUUAUUCUAUAGAACAAGAGUUAAUUGCACCAUUUAACUAUAACGAUAACCAAACCAUAACCAGCCGUAUACUUGCCGCCCAUUGGUCACAUCGGCGAUUUGACAACUGAAAAUGGUUCGGUUAUCGUUAUAGUUAAAUGGUGCAACUCACCUUAA